GGUGUCGUUCGAGGAGGGAGGCACAAUUGGCACGCGUGCGCAGGUUUUCCUACCUUUCAUCCCCGCUGACUUACUCUGCUAUAUAUAUGACGUCACUGGUGCAGGUCGCAACACUCUGCCUUCGGCUGCACUCGCAGUGAUCGAGGAACCGUGACGUCGCCCGGAAAUUCAGGUGCGGAAACUCGGCAAGGACCAAUCGAGAAGGAUACUCACCAUGGCGGAAUCCCUGGAGCAAAUGCCGAAGACUGACACGAUGAGGCUGCGCGACCGUUUUAUCGGACAAUCGUGCAAGCUGUUCUACAAGUCGAGCCCGCUGAAAAUCGUGAGAGCCGAGGGGCAGUAUAUGUACGACGAGAAGGGCAAUCGUUAUCUGGACUGCAUAAACAACGUUGCGCAUGUCGGCCAUUGUCAUCCGGACGUCGUGCGGGCCGGGCAGAAGCAGAUGGCCCAGCUGUCGACGAACAGCCGCUUCCUACACGACAAUCUGGUGAUAUGCGCGAGCCGAUUGGCGUCGACGAUGCCGGAACCGCUGUCGGUCUGCUUCCUGGUGAACUCCGGUAGCGAGGCGAACGAUCUCGCCCUUCGGCUGGCACAGGCGCACACGAAGAGCCGGGAUGUCAUCGCGCUGGAUCACGCUUACCAUGGACAUCUGACCACGACCAUCGAUAUCUCGCCGUACAAGUUCAACCAGGCGAAAGGCACCGGCAAGAAGGACUGGGUGCACGUGGCUCCGUGCCCGGACGUCUAUCGCGGCAAAUACCGCGCUGACGAUUACCCGGACGAGGACCUCGGCAUCAAGUACGCCAAGGACGUGGGGGAGAUUUGCCAGAACAUCGAGGCAACGGGCCGCGGACUCUGCGCGUACAUCGCGGAGAGCUUUGUAUCGGUCGGCGGACAGAUCAUACCGCCGCAGAAUUAUUUUCGUAACGCAUUCAAGCACGUACGCGAAGCCGGCGGUGUCUGCAUCGUCGACGAGGUCCAGGUCGGUUUCGGCAGGGUCGGUACUCACAUGUGGGCCUUCCAAGUGUACGGCGAAGACGUGAUCCCAGACAUCGUCACCGUGGGCAAGCCGAUGGGUAACGGCCAUCCGGUAGCGGCCGUCGUCACCACGCCGGAAAUCGCGAGUAGUUUCCGCGCCAGCGGCAUCGAGUACUUCAACACGUACGGCGGCAAUCCUGUGUCCUGCGCGAUAGCGAACGCGGUGAUGGAGGUGAUCGAACGCGAGAACCUCCUAGAUAACGCAUCGAAAGUCGGCAGUCAUUUAAUUGCCGAGCUGAAGAAGUUGGCGGAACGGCGGAAGAUCAUCGGCGACGUGCGCGGCGUUGGGCUGUUCGUGGGCAUCGAGCUGGUACGCGACAGGACCAAGAGGAUACCGGCGACGGCAGAGGCGCAACACGUUGUGUCCAGGAUGAAGGAGAAGAAGAUUCUCGUCAGCAGCGACGGUCCCGACAAUAACGUCCUGAAGCUGAAACCGCCGAUGGUCUUCACCAUUGAGAACGUCAACCAUUUCGUAUCCGUUCUCGAAGAAGUCCUCGAGGAGAUCGACAUCGGUUUCGACGAGGAACCGGAACCCACCACGGCCAUUAUUCAAGCGACCUUCUCGCCCAUCGACGUCGACAGAAGCACAGGGGUUAGCAGCGGCAAUUCACUGCUCGUUCGUGCUAAUUGACAAGUUCUGUGCCGGAGUUAUUUUACGUAAUGUGACGGCCACGCCGUGCAUGAUCUAACGAUGACACAGGUUGUCGAAGCAGGUUUUAUUCGUCAAAUAACAUGUAUUUCGUAAUAAUUACGAAAAUAUCUCAUGGUUGCGUCUUGUUUCGGAGCUAGACUUGUCAAUGAGCAGGGGAAAGGGAAGUUCAGUGUGGCUUUUCUGUCAUCUCGUCGCAGAACCCUUACCUGGUGAUGUCAGAAGCGAGGAGAUUCACGCUAACAAUUCCUACGGAUUAAGUCUAAAUAAAGAAAGAUAUAUAUUCAUAAAAUAACGUUCGCAAUUGAGAUUGAGCGCACUUCUAAGAUGCUCCGAAAACUGUCCCUUUGCUCGAACAAUCAGUAAAUAACCGGCAGAUUAAUGUGAUACGCAAUCUUCCACUUCAACCUGCCUUCUCUCGUGAUUUCGUCGCGUUGAUCUUUCGCUUAUUGGGCGCUUCAGCAAGAAAGAGAUUUUCGGAGCAUUUCAGAGAUGCGCUCAGAGACGAUUACACGUGUUAUUUUGUGGACAUACCCUUUUCUUCCGACGUAAUUCGUAGGAAUUCUUAGCAUGGACUUCCUUGCUCUCGACGUCACCAUUCAAGAUAGCUGCAACGAGGAAAGAGGAGCCUGAACGAUAGGUACAUUUUAAACGUCGAGUUUCAAGGGUGUCCAACUUGUGGUCGUUUCAUUGUGAAAGUAUUAUUAUAGUUUAAGAUGAUUUUUGUUAUAUCAUUUAUUAUGGUAUUUUAUACCUGUUUCAUGCCGAAGGUAGAAAUAUACGUAUAAAUAAGAAUUAGAAUUAAUUCAACGGAGGAUGUGUGAGACACUUCCACUGAGGUGCGUUUAACUUACGUAUA